AUGAACAAUAAACGUCCUAUUUCUGAAGUAGGGUUAGAAGAGGAUGCUGUAGAUGAUAAUGAGUCACAAGAGUCUGAAAAUGAAAGUAUAGUUUCUGAGACAAAUAGUGAAAUAGAUGAAAGUAUAGAGGAAAAUAGCGAAAUAGAUGAAAGUAUGGAGGAAAAUAGCAAAAUAGAUGAAAGUGUGAAGGAAAAUAGUAUGGUAUUUGGACUUAAAGUGAGAGAUGAAUUUAUGAAUUGGGAUGCUGCUGAAAGACAAGUUCAGAACUAUGCGAUGGAAGUUGGAUUUGAUCUGGUCAAAUGUUGUCUUGAAAAGAAUAAGCAUGGUGAAAUUGUACAUCAUACAUUUGAAUGCAAGAAUUCUAGUAAAUAUAAAGCAAAAAAAAAGGCUGAUAAUGAAGAUGUUCACGAAUGUAAAAGUGCAAAGGUGAAUUGUUCUUGGAGAGUCAACCUUAAUUUAUCUGGUGGUGCUGUAUAUGUCACUUUAUUAAAUGAAGUGUAUAAUCAUUUGUUAUAUAAGAAAAUACAAGAUGUCUCGUCAAAACAUCGUCGUCUCAGCCCUAAAAUGCUUAACGAAGUCGAAUUUCUUGUAAAUAUUGGCUGUGAAGCUG